CUUGCGUUUCUUUUCUUUUUCCUGUGUAGCCAAACGAAAAAAAAAAUUAUUUAGAAGAACAUAUAGACAUUUAAAGGAAAAAAAAAGAAGACAUCUUGGUCAAAAGAGGAAGAGAGGAAGACGUCCUUUGCUCUGUACUUGGGAAAGAACAAAAGAAAAAAGAAAGCAAGACAUAUUGCUCAGAAAAGAAAGAAAAGAAGACGUGCUCUCUACCUUGGACAACAAGUGAAGAUGUCGUCAAAUCGCCAGCGAAAUACCAACUCUCGCAGACCAACAAAUUCAAACCAAACGGCGGAAGAUUCAACUCCUCCAGCAGAAGCAACAUUAAGGGCUUUUCGUAUAUGUCAAUUACGAGCACAAGGUAUACACAACCUAAGUUACGAAGAGAGAAUAGAAAUGUGGAAUUUGGAAAAUGAGCAGUUUGCAGAGUUAAUAAUCAAUCCAACUUUGACUUAUUAUCAUCGCUAUUUUGAAAGGGCACCAGUACAAACCGAUAGAGGUCUAGGUUGGAGAAAUAUAUGGCGACGACUACAAGAAGAUGAUGCUGCUUGUCUUCAGUUAUUACGAAUGUCACUGCCGUGUUUCUGCUCAUUGUGUGAUACACUACAAACAAGCUAUGGUCUACAACCAACACUAAAUGUAAGUAUUGAAGAAAGUGUUGCUAUGUUUCUACAGAUAUGUGGGCAUAAUGAAGUUCAAAGAGAUGUUGGCUUGAGAUUUAGUCGAAAUCAAGAGACGGUUCAAAGAAAAUUUAUGGAAGUUCUUACGGCAACAGAACUAUUGGCAUGCGAUUAUAUUAGAACUCCAACAAGACAAGAGCUAAUGCGAAUUCCUGAAAAACUUUACUCAGAUCGAAGAUAUUAUCCUUUUUUCAGUGGAUUCGUUGGAGCUAUGGAUGGGACUCAUAUAUGUGUAAAAGUGGAGCCUAAGUUACAAGGAAUGUAUUGGAAUCGACAUGAUAAUGCAUCUUUGAACAUCAUGGCAAUAUGUGAUUUGAAUAUGUUAUUCACAUAUAUAUGGAAUGGAGCACCGGGAUCUUGUCAUGAUACUGCUGUUUUGGCAAUGGCACAACAAAAUGAUUCUGAGUUCCCUUUGCCUCCACGAGAUAAAUAUUAUCUUGUUGAUUCAGGCUACCCAAACAAGCAAGGAUUUUUAGCUCCAUAUAGAUCAUCACGAAAUGGAGUUGUGAGAUAUCAUAUGUCUCAGUUCAACUCUGGUCCUGCUCCUAGAAAUAAACAAGAAUUAUUCAACCGGUAUCAUGCGUCUUUACGUUCUGUUAUUGAGAGGACAUUUGGAGUUUGGAAGAAAAAAUGGAGGAUUCUAUCUGAUUUUCCAAGAUACAAUGUCCACGUUCAAAAAAGAGUGGUAAUGGCUACAAUGGGAUUACAUAACUUUAUCAAAAUAUCAAACUACUCGGACGAAGACUUCGCAAAUACAAUGCAAGAUAUGAGACUGGAUAACGGAGAUCCAGAACCUGGUAUUGCUGAUACAGAAGAAAUUUAUACGGCACAGGGAGAACAAAUGGCACAAAUAAGAGAUACUAUUGCAAAUAUGUUGUGGGAAAAUCAAAAUAGUCGAUAGUAGUUUUUUUUUGUAUUUUACUUUUUUUAAAAAUAUAUAUGUAAUUUAAAUUUUUAAUUCAGGUGAAUUUUGGUAUUAAAAUUUUCUAAAUAAGAAAAAAAAAAUUACAUCAA